AUGAUGAGCAGCAGCAAUCAACUCAAGCCCAGCGGGAGAAGCCACUCGAACAGGAACCGGGUCUCGAUCCAUCUGGCCAGUUCAGCUAAGCAGACCGGCACCCCAACGGCAGCCGCCGCCGGCUCGGCCUCCGCCCAUCGCGCCUCAUUCUCCUCCAGAGUCCACCCCCACACCCCUCACCACCGCCGGAACCCCGUUUUCGCUCAGCAUACUCCGGGAUCAGCGAAUCUGCCCUCCUCAACCACCAGGUUCGGUGGGCUGUCUACUAAGCAAGUCGGCAAAAUCUUUUCCGCUAUUGCGAGUGUCCGCGAUCAUUGA